CCAGGGCUGCUGCACCGCCCCGGCCGCAGAGGCCGCAGAGCGGGCUGCCCAGCCCGCCCCUCCGCGCCAUGGCCUUGCGCGCCUGGCGGCGCCGCCAGCUGCCCGCGCUGCUUGCGCUCUGCGCGCUGCUCUGCCGGCUGCAGGACACUCUUCAGAUCACCCCUCUGUGUGCCAGUGAGAGGCAUUACAAGCAUCUUGGACGGUGCUGUAACAAAUGUGAACCGGGAAAAUACAUGUUUUCUAAAUGCACCGCUACCUCGGAAAGCAUCUGUCUGCCCUGCGGCCCAGACGAAUACCUGGACACCUGGAAUGAAGAAGAGAAAUGUUUGCUACAUAAAGUUUGUGAUACAGGCAAGGCCCUGGUAGCCGUGGAGCCGGGCAACCGGACGGCCCCGCGGCGCUGCGCCUGCACAGCCGGGUACCACUGGAGCGAGGACUGUCACUGCUGCCGCCGCAAUGCCGAGUGCGCGCCGGGCUUUGGCGCCCAGCAUCCGGUGCAGCUCAAUAAGGACACGGUGUGCAAGCCCUGUCUGGCAGGCUACUUCUCCAAUACCUCUUCCUCCACAGAAAAAUGCAAACCCUGGACCAACUGCACCAUUCUUGGAGAGACGGAAGCACGUCAUGGGACUGAUAAAUCAGAUGUGGUUUGUAGCUCUUCUCUGCCAUCUACAAAACCACCAAAUGAACCCCAGACUUACUUGCCCAGUUUAAUUAUUCUGUUUCUCUUCAUAUCUGUGGCGUUGGUUGCUGCUGUCAUCUUUGGUGUUUACUAUAGGAAAAAAGGGAAAGCACUAACAGCUAACUUGUGGCACUGGGUCAAUGAAGCUUGCGGCCGCCUAAGUGGAAAUAAGGAGUCCUCAGGCAAUAAUUUUAGCUGCACUCGGAUGGAAGCGUCUAGUCAGCGUGAAGUUGGUGAGGGUGUCUUACUGCUGACUCUGGAAGAGAAGGUGUUUUCUGAAGAUAUGUGCUGUCCAGACGGUGGUGGUGCCUGUGGGGGUGCAUGUGCAGGUGGUGGUCUCAGCGCCCAGGGACAAGACGCCAGGGUGCUCACCUUGGUCAGCGAGAUCACGGGGGAUCCCUUCAGGCAGAUCCCCACAGAAGACGAAUAUGUGGACAGGGCCCCCCAGACCCCAGACUCUAUACUAUUCCUCACUCAGCCUGGCAGCACAUCUACACCCCCUUUCCCUGAACCCCUGGAGGUGGGGGAGAAUGACAGUUUAAGCCAGUGCUUCACUGGGACAGAGAGCUUGGUGGACUCCGAAAGCUGCCACUUCGCGGAGCCCGCGUUCAGGACUGAUUGGGUUCCCACGUCCUCUGAAAAGUACUUGCUAGAAGAAAUGGAGGGUGGCAACGGCCCCCACUUGGCAGCCAGCCCUAGCUCCACAGAUGGCUGUGCAGGCUGCAGAAGCCCUGCUGGGGAGGACUGGGAACCCCCAGUGGAUUCCCCUCAAAGCGGACCCUUGCCCCAGUGCGCCUAUGGCAUGGGCCUUCCACCUGAAGCAGCUGACAGGGCCGAGGCAGGAGGCCAGCCCUUGGAUGGGGCUGAGGUAAAGCUGCCCAGCUCCAUGAGGGGAGGCCCUGGGUCCGGAGGCCCCUCCAAUGACCAGCCACCUGCGUCAGGAAAUGUGACUGGAAACAGUAACUCCACGUUUAUUUCCAGCGGGCAGGUGAUGAAUUUCAAGGGUGACAUCAUCGUGGUCUACGUCAGUCAGAACUCGCAGGAGGGCCCGGCGGGGACAGGCGGUGGCGCCGGGGAGCCAGUGGGCCGCCCGGUACAGGAAGAGAGCCCGCCGUGCUGCGACUCGUUCGCCGGCCUCGGGCCGCGCUUCCCGGACACGUGCGCCGGCCUCGAAGUGGGGCCGGCGCUGCAGAAGCGCGGCACCCCAGGACACAAGGCCUCUCGGCCGGUGCAGGAGCAGGGGGAGGCCAAGGCCCGCGCUUCCGAGACGCGGCGCUGAGCGGUCAGGGACCCGCUGCGAUUCACUGCGCCCCUCGCAGCGGCGAUGCUGCGGGGCGGGCGCCGACCUGGGGGCCUUCUGCGCCGCACACGUUGGAAGCCGCAUCCCUACCUGGCUGCACUGUCCGCGCACCUGCUCCUGGGUGUGGCUGGGGGCGGAGCCUGGCUGGGGGUGGGGCGGCGGCCGAUCUGCACCUUUAGGCCCCUCCAUUCGGUACACCUGAGUCAAAUGACCUGCAGUCUCAAUCCACUUUGCUCUAAAUAGAAUCGAGGACUUUUAAAAAGCGUACAUGUGUUACUACUACUUACAUCCACAGUCACGUAUCAACUAAUUGCACAGGUACACGUUUCUCUCUUUGGUUGCUCCACUUUCUAACCUCUUUUUAUAGUUUUUCUCCUUCGCCUUUCACCUAUUACUGUUUCAUCAGCAGUGUGUUUCUAUGACAUCUGUUUUAUGCCUGUCCGGUUCUGUUUGUAUUUCCCGCCCCCAUAUUUGAUAUUUGUUUUUCACUGUCUCUCAAUGUUUUAUUGAUACUGCCCCCCUUUUCUUUUUACCAUUUAAUGCCUUUCUUGAAAAUUCUUUUAAGGGUGACGGUCUUCUCAUAUUUUCUUUUGCACCCCUUCUCACAAGUAGUGAGAAUCCUAUGUUUUGGUGAUGGCUUGGAGUGGGGGAAGCAAGGAGUCUUACUAAGCACUUUUGGAAAAAGGCUAGAAAUGCACGUCUGGAGGGAGGCUCUGGGAACAAGAGGAGGGACUUUUAGCUUUCAAACAUUUUCUGAGUUCUCAUUUUUCUAAAGGGAGAAAAAGGGAAAACCCCUUCCCCCUCUCCCCCAAAUGUUUUUAAGUUUGUGUCAAUCUCUAGGCAGCACUAAGUGGAGAUUUAUGUCGUCCUCCUCAAUGCCGCUCAGAAUAGCUCACCCCCCACCCCACCCCCCGCCCAGGUGAAUGUAUGUAGAGGCAGUCAGGUACCUGAGUCACUAAAUCUCUAAAAAUCCACGUUGCUGCACCCGACAUUCUUUAUUCUUGAUGUCUUCCUGGAAAAGAUGUGGAAAAUGAAUAGGACAUGGGGAUAGCCUGCACAUGCAGUGAAAAGAAGAUGCCAGGGAAGUUCAAAAAAGAAAGAACAAAGCUGAAAUGUUAAGAUACGUGUGUAUCUUUCUGGGUAGGAAUAGCAUUAAUGUGUUUAAGCAGUAGGCCCCAUUUUCUUUCUAAAUAAUUGUGCAUCUGUAAUUUAACCUUGCAGAAGUGGAACGCAUUCCUGUUUUCCAUGUAUUUAAAUUAAAAACCAAAUCCUUAUUUUGUGAACUUAGCAUUUGUCCUAGAGGUGCUUUUCUCUUAGCAUCAGUGUUCUUAUGAGGAAACAUACAAUGUGAGUCAGGUUGAAAGGAAUUACCUGGGAUGUUCUAUCUAUUGUGGUCAGUGAGCAUUUGUUCUCAAAUACUAGAGAAAAGUUACCAUGCCUAAGCAUAUUAAAAUUAAUGUUGCCGACCCGGUGGGUUUUUAGAGUGCUGAAAGUGGUCACUCUCCAGACUUUAAUGGCCACAAAUCAGCUGAAGGGAAUGAUUGUUGAUCACUGGUUUCUCUCUUUUGGUUGCCGGUCUCUUAGAAAUGCUAAAAUAGUAGCAGUCAAUUAUGAGUUUUAAUGGAGAAGCAGAAGUGCCUGUAUAAUUUAUAGAGCCUUAGUUGACAUGAAAAACUGCAGGAAAUAACCGCAUUGUGAGGACUAUUCAUUGGUAGGAAUUUACUGUCUGUGCUGCCCUUUUAGUUCACAUCCAUCCAAAGAGAGAUGUUAUAAAAAUGGAAGAAACCAUUAUACCUUUUAAUAUGGAAUAUAUUAAAGUAUAGUUCAUAAAGGGGAAGGCUGAGCUAAAGACCCACAUUUCUACUUUGACUGUCAUCAUCUCACUGAUAUUACUGUACCUUUCUAUGCUUUCUUUUUUCUAUAAAAAAGCACUAAUGACCAUUUUUGACACUUUCCCUACCUAGAGAUAAAAAAAGAUACUACAGUGAUUGUUAAAAUACCUUCAGCUCCUUAAAUAAAAGGUGCUAAAUUGAAUACAUAAGAAUCUCCUUUUUGAAAAAGGUAGUGUUUCUUUCCCACACUGAUCCCUACUAAUUCCAUAUUGAUCCACAGACAAUCAAAUGAUAGGAAAUAUAUAGCAAAUACAGGUCCGUGUGUGUAUUAUUAAGAUGUAUAUGACAAAUGUAAACAGAAUGAAAUGAAGACAAUAGUGGAAAACUGGGGUAUGUGAUGAAGAGGUUAUUAAACAUAUUUGAUGAUAAAAAAUGUUUUCAUGGCCUGCUUAAACUAAGCUUUUUGUGAAGUAAUAAUCUGACUUCUUUUUGAUCUCUGGGGUGUGCUGUGGUAUCAAAUGUCAAUUAUAUUGUGACAUUGGUGAAACCCCAACAAGAGUUGGGACAGCAAGUGCUUUGUUUGAAUGAUAUAUCUCCUGUUGAUCUCAUAAGAAAAUUCUUUGAAAUACAGGUUGGCUAGGCAAUGAAAGUUGAAAGGGUAUGUUUUCUACUCAUUUAAUUCAACUAUCAGGAGAAGGAAGAGUAAUUUCCUACCCAUAAGCACAAAGAGCAGUUUGUGAGGUAUUGGAAGCUUCAUCUGUGUAACAAGCUACCCCAAAACUUUGUGGUUUAAAAUGACCACCAUUUAUUUAGCUCCCAGCCUUGAGGGUUGGCUCAGCUUGGUUGGUUCUUUAGGCUGGACGAGCCCAGCUGGGCAUGCUGACCCGCCUGCAGCCUGCAGGCUGGAGCUUGGCUGUCUAGGCUGAGCAGUCUCCACGCGGUCCCUCAUCCCCCCAGCAGACUGGCCUGAUAUCCUUCUCAUGGUAGUGGCUGGAUUCCCAGAAAGCAAGCAAAACCGUACCAUGCUUUUUGAGUCCAGGCUUAGUCUGGCGUGCUGUCACUCUGCCACACUCUAUUGGCCAAGGCAAGACACGGGACAGCCCAGAUUCAGGGUGGGGACACAGAGUGGCAGGGUGACACUGGAGAGAGUGAGAUAUAUGAGGAGGGGAGAAUGGGGCCCUUUGCCAUCCCUUUAGCACAGGGACACUGUUGAUAAUAAAUGGUGCAGGGCAGAUUGUGUCUGGGAGCAGGAGAGGAGGGUUUCCUAACCUCGUGCUUAGACAGCAUCUCUCUCCUCCAUUCCUUCUAAUAAAACAGGCAUGCAUGAAUACUUUGCAAAGAAUCUUCAUUUAAAAUGAAACUGACCAAUAGAAUAAAUGUUAAAAUGCCACAUUCCAGGUCUGUUCCAGAAACUUCAUUUUACCACAAGGGGCUGGUGAAGUUACCCUCCCCCCACCCUCAACCCCACCCCAACGUGAUGGAACAAACAAGGUUUGCAGUCAGACCUGGAGUCAAAACUCCGCCCUACCAAAUACUGACCUACCUCGUGCAGCUGCUUCAUUGCCCGGCUUUAUCUUCAGGUUCCACGUGGGUAACCUGAAGAUGAUGUUAGUUUGUAGGACUGGUGUAAAGAUGAAGAGGGAUGAGGUGCAGCCAAGCACUGGCAGAGUUCCCGGAAGGUCCCAGUAGCAGAGACCCCACUGUUGUUUGUCACUCUCCUCCUCUGUCUCUGACAUCCAUCCCUUCCUGGACACGGAAGCAGUCUCAGAUCUCAUGUUCUCUCCCUGAGUCAGAUCACAUAGCUAUAAGCUAACUGCCACCCACCCUGGAAACCUUCCCACUCUUUGAAACUAGGUCUGAAGGGUGUGACUUUUUCAGUCCGUUGACAAGCCCAUGGUUGAUCCAAAGUUGUCGCCAUCUGACAUCACACACUGGGGGAAGUAGGCUUAUGCCUUCAAAAUACACUGACUGCCACAAUGGGACAGUAUAAGUAGAAUGUGUAAGACUUUCACCCAUAGCCCCUGACAUUUGGGAUGUGUAGGUUGAAAUGCUGUGUUUCCUUUUCUCCUAGUGUCCUGGAUGUCUCUCCUAGUUUGGAGAGGAUAAUAAAUUGGCCACCAACUCAGAAGAGGUGGUGGUAUUGGCCUAAACCCCUUUGGGAAGGGGCUGGAGCCCAGGAAAAUCUUUCACUGUGACCCAGGUUCUUGAUUUCUCAUGAACAGCUGUAGCCCUGGAAACAAGACCACAUAGACUGUAACAUCAUGAGAAAAAAUGACAUUCUUAUAAGACUCUUAUGAGUUGCCUUAAUUUAGCAGAGGCAGUAAAACAUCCUACACUAAAAGAGAAAAGCAAAUUCAUUUUUUAUUGGCUUUUAUGGCCUCUCUAUUUCAAUGGCAAAGGAACCAUGAAAAGAGACACAUAUUUAAAGCUCUUAGGAAAAUUUUUUAAAAAUACUUACUGUAUUAGUGAAAAAAUGAAAAAGUCUUUUGACAUCAGUUUUAUUGAGUUUGUGAUUUGUAUACACUACAAUUCAUUCUUUAGAUAUACAGUUGUAUGAGUUUUGACAAAAAUAUAUAGUUGCGUAACCACCACCGCAAUCAAGAUCUAUACUAUAUUUAGUACCCCCCAGUUUCCCAUUUCCCUUUGUAGCCAGUUCCUUCCUCACUACCCCCAUACCCUGGAGGAAACUGGCUACAAAGGGAAAUGGUAAACAUAUCUGUUCUAUGUUUCUAGAGUUUUGUCUUUUCCAGAAUGUCAUAUAAAUGGAAUCAUACAAUAGGGAGCCAUUUGAGUCUUCUUUCAGCAUCAUACCCUUGAGAUCCAUCUAAGUUAUUGGGUACAUCAGCAGUUAGUUCCUUUUUUAUUGCUGAGUAGUAUUCUAUCAUAGGGAUGUAGCACCGUUUAUUCACCCACACUUGGAUUCUUUCCAACUAGGGGCAAUUACAAAUAAAGCUACUAUAAUAAUCUGUGUGUACAUGUGUUUUCAUUUCUCUUGUGUAAAUACCAGGUGUAGGAUUGUGGGAUCAUAUGGUAAAUGUAUAUUUAACUCUAUAAGAAACUGAAAUUGUUUUCCAAAGUACCCGUACAAUUUUGCAUUUUCAUCAGCAUGGAGGAGAGUUCCAGUUGCUCCACAUACUUACCAGCAUUUGACAGUGUCAGUUGUUUGUUUGUUUGUUUUAAUUUCAGCCAUUCUACUAGAUAUCACUUUGGCUUUCAUUUCAUUUACAUUUGCAGUCCCUGACUGAGCAUCUUUUCAUAUGCUUAUUUGACCACAUUUGUCUCUUAUUUGGUGAAAUGUGUAUUAAAAUCUUUUGCCUAUUUUU